CGUGUGCUGUGUCUGUGCGACCGCCUCUGAAACACUGCCGAAUUUCGGGCUUUUUGGAUCGUGAACUUACUAUUGGAUUACCUUAGGUUCAUCUUUUAUAUCUGCUGCAGCCGAUGUGAGCGUUUACAGCCCGAUUCGGGCGCUGUUGAACGCGAUUUUCAAUGGAGAGCGAAGAGAAGCUCCAUCGUAUUCGACGAGCGAGGCGCCGAGAGAGGGCACAGCAAUUACAAGAAAAACCCUGUGUGAAAGACGAAAUGGAGGAUUCCCCACCCCGUACGAGCAAAGACAAAGGUAGACCCAAGCCCAGAAGGCGGCGGAAUAGUUCUAAUUCUCAUGAAGAGGAUAUCAUUGACGGUUUUGCCAUCAUCAGUUUCAAGUCGCUGGUGGAAUUAGAGAAUUCCAUCAAGCCUAAGAACAAUGUCAACAAUUUGCCAAAGAAGGGCUCCACGUUACAGAAUGAUGUCAACUGCAAGUCGUCUGAGCAGCCAAACAAAGCCCGGAACUCGACCUUGUCGAAGGAGAAGCAGAAGCAGAACAAGAAGAAAGGGAAGAAGAAUUCCAAUCAAACGUUGAACAACAAGAUACCGCGGGAACUGAACUGCAGUUCACAAUCUGAGGGUACUCCACAGACCAACGGGCCGUCGCGGAGCACUUCCAGGGAUCGGCUAAGUGACGGCAGUACCCACUCCAGCAUUGGAUACCUGUGUGACAGCGAGCGGAGCGAAGAUGAUCGGGCCUCUGAUGCUGGAUCGGAACUGUUCAGUCUUGUGAGUCACACAAGGGAGAGCAUCCAUCCUCCACGACCAAGUGUGACGCCGCCAGUAAACCACAUACUUCCGGUUUCAUCACCAGCACCCACUACGAUACCCACCACCACUACAACAACAACAAGCGCUCCUUCGGCCACAGCUACAACCGUUACCACAGCGACCACGACAGCAACAACUGCCACAGGCACAGCGACAACACCCUGUGCAUUCCCUGUACCUCACUCGCCGUCUGUUCCUGUCACGCGGCCGUGUAAACCCCCGUCACCCACAACUCCAUGCAUUUCUCCCGCGGUCACCUCAGCGCUAACAACAACACAAGCCACUCAGCCGCCAGUUUGCAUUCCACCACCCAAAAAGUCAUUACAGUCGCCAUGUUCAUUGCCACCGCCUGCACCACUCAGGGAACCACCUAAGGUGGCACCCAUCCCUUCGAGGCCGUUUCAUCGGGACGAACUACACAACCACAAAGAUCCGCUCGACUUUGUGAAAAACUCCACGUGGAACAGCUCGGCGCCACCAGGCCAUCACAACUCGCUUCCUCCCCAUACCCACACCUCGGUUCACACCCCCCAUCAGAAGCACCCCUCACCAUCCCUCCAUACCCCCACCCAGCGGCACACCUCUCCGUCGCUCCACUCUUCCCCAAUCUCUCAGCGACACACCUCCCCUUCCCUGCAUAACUCCACCUCCAGACACACCUCACCUUCCAUUCACAACCCUAGCCAGAGGCAUACAUCUCCUUCGCUCCACAUCUCCACCUCCCUCCACAACUCUUCCACCUCCCUUCACAACUCUUCCACCUCCCUCCACAACUCGGUGCCCCACAGGUCCCCAGGCCUCUCUGCCCACGCCCCGUUACCUCUACAUUCCCCGCACCGUUCCCACCAUUCUACACCUUUUCCGCCGGCGGGUCCCCACCCCCAACCCCAGCCUUUACAUGCCCACCCGCACCCUCCUGGACACCACCCGAGCCAGCAUAGCAUGUUCGCGGCACCACUCCCGCCACCCCCUGCACCGUUAACCUCGAGUGCUCUGCCAGUCCAUGGCUCUGUGACCAACCCUCUACUGCCCACAGAAGCAAUGCCAUUCCACACAAGUCAGGAAUUACAACAAGAAUUGAAUCGUCGGUUCCUCGAGUCGCACACGUCCGUUGAUCGUAACCCUUCCUCUGCGGCUGCGCCCAGUCCACGCGUGGGCCCCAUCCCGUAUCUGCGUCAGGAUAUCCACCAACAUCAACACAUGCAUCAACAUCAGCAUACCCACCAGCACACCUACGGGCCCCUGCCCCCACCACCCCAUCAGUAUCCCGCAUCUCUUGUCCCCACACCCUCCCCACAUGUGUACGAAAAGAUGCCAAAAUUCGACCCGCCGUUUUACAGACAAAACCAGAUUCCAGGCAUUCCAAGUUACCCGGCUGUUCCAUCAUUGCUCCAUACUUCAGGGCCAGGACCACUGAACUCCAGCAUGCAUGGGGCCUUCCAGCCUAAGAAAGUUACCACAGGUAUGCACCCCUCCCAGGUGAUGCUGUCAAUGCGGGACCGGGAAAAGAACGCCUCAUCGUCAUCACUACCUGCCGCUAAAAAAUCUGGGAAGUGGUGCGCCAUGCAUGUACGUGUGGCCUGGGAGAUCUAUCAUCAUCAGCAGAAGCAGCAGGCAGAGGCUCAGAAAGGAGACAGCAAACAGACUGAUCCACUCCGCCCCUCGGGGCACCUCAUAGGGGGCCUGCAUCGCCCACCUGAUCUCACGUCAGCUACACUGUUAGGGGCAGCUGCACAUAGCAGAAGUCCUUUUGAUGGCAGCUUUUUAAACCCAGCUCAUUUAGGGGUGUCGCCAUUUUCCCGACCGUUCCCUGGGUUAGGCGGGGGUAUAGGUUUUGGCCCUGUAGGUAAUGGUUUCUUCAAUGGUGAUCGUCAACUGUCGGGAAUUCAUGUGCCUGGUGUGACACCCCCUCAGGAGUGGAAUAGACUCCACCGUACACCCCCAUCCUUCCCCACCCCGCCGGCAUGGCCUAAACCUGACGCUGAGCGAGAACGGGAGAGGGAAAGGGAAAGAGAAAAGGAGAAGGAGCGAGAAAGGGAAAGAGAGCGGGAAAAGGAGAGAGAAAGGGAAAGAGACAGAGAGAGGGAACGAGAGAGACAGAAGGAAAGGGAACGAGAAAUUAGUGCUAAUGAUAAGCUCCGCCUGGGGGACAGGGAAAGGGAUAGGCUUGUGAGAAGUUCUCCUCAUCACGACAGACAUCCCUUGGAAAUGUUAGACAAGUCACGGGAACGAGAUAUACGACCAGAGAAAUUUCACACUGGGGAUAGGCAGCAUUCAAGGUCACGCUCAAGGUCACGGUCGCCAUUACGGAAUGGCCGCCCUGAACCUCCCUCACGACUGGAUCCGCUCUACUUGGACAAAAGUGUCAAAAUUAAGGAAGAACAUUCAGCAGAGGAAGACCUCUCACAAAGACAUCUCAUAAACUUGCACCUGGAGCGUGAACGGGAACGGGACAAAAUUAUUCAUAAUGAUUACAUAAUGCGCGGGUUUGCCAGUCCUCACCCAGGUAUGGGUCCUGUUGGCUUGAACUUAAUGGAGAGGAGUCGAAUGUUGGCCCCUGCAUACAGCAUGCCUGCGGACCGUGUGCACCCAGGUGUGUGGAGCCCUCUGCUAGACAAGGGUCUUGAUUUGAACCAAAGGUUAGAACUUCAGCGCGAAAUGGAAAGGGAGCGCGAACGCAUGCUGUCGCGUCUCAACCCUCUCGGCGUUGCCAUGUUGGAAGACCAGCGCAUGAAGGAGCAGGAAAUGUUCUUUAGGGAACGUGCCAUGGAAGCACGCUUCUUGGAGCGCUUUCAGCCGUUUGACCGUGAGCGGAUGGAACGUAUGGAAAUGGACCGUAGUAAGAUCCCGCCGUUACGAGGCCCGGAUCCCCUGGUGGCGGUUCAUCAGGGACACAGGCCGACAGAGACUCUGAACCACACGCCUUACCACAGGCCCAUCAGUCCGUUCCUCAACCACCACUCCAGCAGUAAAAAUGGCUCCCCUGCCUCCUUACCCCCGGGAGCCCCACCCCCAUUAAUCCCCUCCCUGGGCAGUGCAACACAGUCACGUAGUCACACGAACUCUCCUCUUAACAAGGCGAAGAACUGUAGUCCCACAGACAGUAACUCUGAAUCAAAAGAUCGACGUGAAACAAGUUCCACAGACCCUGAGCUUCACUCUCGGUAGCCAACGGGAAAUCGCUUGGUUAUCUUUGAUCUCUGUAGACUGUUUGAUACAAAUGAUGAUAUUGAAGAAAGUCUUAUUA